AUGUCUCCCUCCCAGGUUCCCCGCCCCGUCCAUGUCUUGUCCCCUGACCUUGUCAGUGUACUCAAGAAUCGCGUAGAGGCUACAAUGCUAGCUAUCAUCAAGAAGAAUAGACACACCCGUUGCUUUUCCGAAUCUCCUGCCUUUGCGGCAUUUCACAGUGCGAUACGCAAUUUUGGGAGGGAGGAUAACGACGGCAUUUCGGAUGAUAUCCUUCUGGAUACCUUUCGCACUACAAUCUCGUUAACGACCUACGACUCUUACGAGCUUUUCGUGGCCAAAUUCCUUUCAGAAACUUGUCAGGAGGACGAUGUUCGAGAUAUGUUCUCGCCUGGUUUGCCUUACCACAUAGCGGUCACGAGCUCGACCUCGAGUCCAAAGCCAAAGUUUUUCUGCCAGUACCUACACGAAGGCUCAAUGCGCUAUGGCGGUGUGAAAAUCCAAAAUCGCAAUGGUGACCUCAUUAGGACAAUCCCUGUUGCAAUGGGGUCUUUUGAGACGGUCCGUCUGCGGAAUGGUUUGAAAGUGGAAAAUGAUCACUUGAAUAUCAUAUUAGCGGCAGGAGAGUGGGUCACCUCUCCGGUUGCUGUCGGUUUCAUCCGCGAGUAUCGCACAUUCCUACUCAUGCACACACUCUUCGCACUCGCACAUAGCAAGGUUGAGACGAUAUUUAUAGUUUUUACUACGUCCGCAGUCGAUAUGAUACGGUAUAUGGAAGAAGAGUGGGAAAGCCUGGUUGCUUCCAUUGAGACAGUCGGUAAACCAACGGAUCAACCUGGUUGGCUGUUAAAAAUUUGGCCGAUGCUCAAGAGCGUCAUUUCCAUCGGUAGCGGUGUUUUCUCUGUUGCGGUUCCCAAAUUGCGAUUCCACUUGGGCUCCGACGUGCAGUUGCGCAGCCUUGGGUUUCAUAGUUCAAAAACCCACGUUGCUACAGUCUACGACCCUUCAGAUUUGAACCUUUUCAAAGCAACAUCACAAGACAUCAUCGAAUACUUUGACGUGACCAAGGAGGAAAAUGCGUCUAGUAUUGUACCCCCUUGGCUAGUUGAGAUCGGGAAACAUUACGAGGUCGUGUGCACCACCCACGACGGAUUGUGGCGCUACCGUCUUGGAGAUAUUGUCGAAAUUGCAGGUUUUGAUCCGACUGACGGCUCACCUAUCAUAUGCGUUACUUUGAACGAUGAAGGCAAGUAUGCUCAUAACUUCGCUGCGUUUCUUGACUAA